AUGGGGAGGGACCCCCGCGGGGCUGCGGAACCCCGCACAUCGCUCCCCCCCCCGCGCCGUGCCGUAGAGCGGGACACGGAGCCGCCGGCCCCGCAGGAGCCGCCGCGGCCCCGGUCCCCCCCCACCCCACCCCGCACGCUGCCCGGUGCCGGGACCCCGGUGAUCUCGCUCCUGGAGGGACACACGUACCAUCAGUCGGCUCCUCGUCACUUCUGCUACACCAACACGCACAACCCGCAGUGGCACGAGAUCUGGACCAGGAUGCAGAUCCGGGUGAACAGCAGCCGCAUGAUCCGAGUCACCCAAGUGGACAGCGAGGAGGAGCUGGGCGAGUCCAGGCUGUGGAGUUUCCUUUCGUCCUUCCUAAAGGAGAAGCUGAACGACACCAGCAUCGACGUGGAUCUCUACAGCAAGAAAACCUGCCUCAAAGUGGAGCUGCUGGAGGACGGCACCAUGUACUGCGUCGUCCUCUUCCGACGCUUUGACCCAAAGCUGUUCCUGGUGUUUUUCCUGGGCCUUUUGUUGUUCUUCUGCGGGGACAUGCUGAGCAGGAGCCAACUCUUCUUCUACUCGGCCGGGAUCAGCUUUGGCUUGCUGGCCUCCCUGCUCAUCCUCAUCUACAUGGUGUCCAAGGUCCUGCCCAAGAAAAACCAUGUUUACUUCCUGCUGGUAGGAGGCUGGUCCUUUUCCCUGUACCUGCUUCAGUUGGUCUUCAAGAACCUGCGGGAGAUCUGCAAGACCUACUGGCAGUACCUCCUGGGUUACCUGCUGCUCAUGGGCUUCGUGAGCUUCGGCAUCUGCUACCGGUACGGCCCGUUGGAGAAUGAGCGCAGCAUCAACCUCCUCUCCUGGGCUCUGCAGCUCCUGGGCCUCUUACUGAUGUACUCAGGCAUCCAGAUCCACCCCAUCGCCUUGGCCUUGGUGCUCAUCGCCAUCUGCACCAAGAACCUGGAGUACCCCCUGCGCUGGGCCUUCGCUGCCUAUAGGAGGGUGCAGAGCGCCCGGCUUGGGCCGAGCCCCCCGCGCCUGCUCACAGAGGAGGAAUUCCGGGUCCAGGGCGAGGUGGAGACCCGCAAAGCCCUUGAGGAGCUUCGGAGCUACUGCAGGAGCCCGGAUUUCUCUGCCUGGACUGCGGUGUCCCGCAUCCAGGCUCCCAAGAGGUUUGCUGACUUUGUGGCUGGUGCCUGUCACGUCACCCACGACGAGGUCUCUGUCCACGAGCGGGAGUACGGCCUCGGCGGCAUCUUCCUUGAGGACCAGCUCUUCAAGGAGGAUGAGGAUGAUGAGGAGGAGGAGGAGGAGGACUCCCUUGACAGGAAUCACACGUGUAACUCCGUGCCCCACAACCACCUCGAUGCUGAUUGAGGUCGGCUGCCCUACAUGGAGGUGAGGGGCAGAACUGCUCCUGCCAUGGAGGAGCCCCUCUUCCUGCCCCAGCACCUCCGAGCUCUACUGGGAGCGUCUCCUGCCUGCGGGGUGGGGACAGAGCAAAAGGUCUGUCUCGUGUGCAGGUGCCUGUGAGGGUUGAGGUGCACGAGAGGACCUUCGGACCUGUCCCAGCAGUACCUGCGUGCUCAGCCCGUGCCCGCAGCCAGGCUGCGGCGAGGAGCGACCGGCUCCUCCUCUUACCAAAGACACCAGAGGGCUCUGGCUGGGUGGGAUCUGCCUCUGCCUUGUCUUAAAUUCCCUGUGGAUACCAAAAAAACCCCCAGUGGAGACAUGGCUCAGCUCCGGCGCUCAGGAGAAGCCUCAAAGUCCAUGUGGUGCCCUGCACAUCGCCCUGCUCCCCACUGCUGCUGCGUCCUGGCAGAGGCCGGGAUCAGCCUCCCUGUCCCCCUGCCUCAUGCUCCCUGGGCUGAGGAUGAGUGCGGAUGUGCUUCCUCCCCCCCGCGCACACCUUGCAGGCGAUGGGGUGCUGGCACCUCCCUGGGCCAUUGAAGCCCUUAACCAGUGUUAUGUGGGGCUAUCCCCACUGCGCUCCCUCCUGGCUCUGACAGAGUUGGAGGGGACACCCCAUCUAUGCAAUCACAGCAGCCCUGUGAGGCCCCUUCCUAAGCAAUAACACUGCCCCUUUUGCCACUGCUGCCCUGGCCCUGUCCCAGGUUUGCUCCCCUGGCCUUGCCUUGCUUUCCUUUCCUUCCCAUGCUGGUGUGAGCACCCUCUCUUGCUGCAUCCCUCUGUGUGAUUAAUGACUGAUUAUAUUUGUAAUAAAGAUGUAUUUUGUAGGU